UCUGUGGUUGUAAUGGCGGAAUGUGAAUUUUUUGUGUAGCGUCAGGGGAGGGUUUGUAGAUGUUUAGUUGAUUGUUUGUUUUUAGUAUCUGUGGGUAACAGUGGCAGCUGUCUGUAGAGUGUCUUAUUAAUGAUAGCUAUAUGCUGUGUCGCAACAUGUUUAAUACUGGUCUGGAUAAACUAAACGCCUGUACCCACAUUAGAUCUUAACCUUAAAGUACUGUCCUUUCUGUAAUUCUCAGUAGCAGCGUGGUUACGUUUUAGCAGUGUGUUUGUAACGUGGUUCAGAAUUAAAUGUUGUUUUGUGUUGUACGCUGUGUGUGUAUGAAGAAUAAAAGAUCUUGAAAUUCCCUGUAUUGGAAACAUGGAUCCGUCGUACAAUCAACGAUUGGCGGGACCAGAAAAUCAGUUCCUUCUAAAUGAUGUUGUUCCAGGGAAUGGAAUGACGGCUAGGGGGUCACGGAAGUUACCUACAGGAGCAGAAGGUUAUGAAAAGCAGCCACUGUUUGAAAGAGCGGGUAGUGCUGAGCCUGUACGGUUGACUCCUGCGUGGGAAGAGACAAAUCUGCCCAACGAUGAGCUUAACUUCAAGGGUGUCACAAUGGAAAGAGCAGAUCUUGAGAUGAAUCCACCAAUAGACAGAUUAAAGCUGGUAUACCUAACGUUUGUUCUCCAUGGAGUGGGGACACUUAUGCCAUGGAAUAUGUUCAUCAAUGCUAAAUCUUAUUUUGUGGACUACAAAUUAGGAAAGGCAUACCUUGGAACUGAAUCUGUGUAUGCUUCUAAUUUUUUGGCAUAUGUUGGUUUUGCUGCACAGGUUCCUAAUUUGCUAUUCAAUUGGUUAAACAUCUUUAUCACAAUACGAGGCAACUUGACAACACGUAUUGUGUGGAGUAUUUUUGUCGAAGUUCUUGUUUUCAUUGUCACAGUAAUUUUUGCCAUGUCAGAUACAUCAUCAUGGCCAGGACCAUUUUUCUUUGUGACAAUGGUCACCAUUGUGUUGCUGAAUAUGGCUAGUGGCAUCUACCAGAACACUGUUUAUGGAAUGGCAGCUAAAUUACCUUUUAAAUAUACAGGGGCUGUUAUUUUGGGAGCUAACAUCAGUGGUGCAAUUUCAUCAAUCAUCAACAUAAUGUCAUUGGCAAUGGCACCAAAUGUGAGGACAGCUGCCAUUUAUUACUUUAUUACAGCCCUCUUCAUUUUGUUGGCAUGUUUUGAUACCUACUUCGCCCUUCCUUUGAAUAGAUUUUAUCGUUACCAUGAGCUUCUAGCUCAAAAAGAACAACAAAGCAAGGAGUGUCAGGCUGUUGGCAGAGCAUCAUCACAUGUGCCCUACUUUCAGAUUUUCAAACAGUGUUUCCCACAGCUUUUCAACGUGUUUUUCGUUUUCUUUGUGACGUUGUCUGUUUUUCCAGCUGUUCAUUCAGAUAUCAAACAGAGUGAUCCAGAUUUUAUCAUCAGUGAGAAGUACUUCACUGAGGUUACGUGUUUCUUAACAUUCAACGUUUGUGCUAUGCUUGGAAGCUUGUUGUCAGCUGUUUUCACGUGGCCCAAGCCUAAGCAUUUAAUUUUUCCUGUGGUACUGAGAGUUUUAUUUAUUCCAUUCUUUAUGGUGUGCAAGUACGAACCUCAGAAUAGAAUUCGCCAGUUUCCAGUAUUCAUCCAUAAUGAUUGGGUGUAUUGGGUAGCAAGCAUGCUGCUUGGUAUUUCCAGUGGGCAUCUCAGUGCACUUGCUAUGAUGUACUGCCCAAGGUGUGUGGAGCCACAGUAUGCGUCAACAGCUGGCAUGUUUGGUGCAGCUGUGCUGAUAACUGGAAUUUUCUCUGGUAUCACUUUUACACUUGCCUUACCAGAGUUUGUUGUUGGAGUUCCUUGGAACUUAUGAAUAUUUAUUACUUUAAUACUGCCAAGAAUUUAAAUUGUGAGACAUUAUUAUUUUGAAAUAAAAAUCAAACUAAUGUCUGUUUUACUGUGUGAUUUUCUGUGAUGUGCUUAUUUUGAUUUUAUAAAUUUUUGUUAAUUUUAUCCAAUUUUGUAUAUCCAACCAAUCAGGGUAUGAUCUUAAUAUUAAAAGAAAGUGUUUCAAGGCAGUUUUUAGUCCACUGUGACACUGCAGCACUGACUUUCAAAUUGUGUUCAGUCUGAUUAGACACAUUGGACUUAAAAAUAUUGUCUUUUUGUGCAUUUUCUAGUUAAUAAUUUGGGAUUAGAUUUAUUGUCAAUUAUCAUUUGUUGUUUAACAAAUUUACCAAAGUUCAACAUACAAAGAGAAAAACAAUCAUACUUUGUAUAUAAUCUUCAGUAUGUUGUUCACAUUUUUAUAUUUUUUCAUGAAGUACAAUGCUCUCUCUGAUACGCUUUCGAUUCAUAUCUAUCUCUAUUUCUGUGUCUUUCUUUCAUUUUCUCUUUCAGCCAUAACAAAAUAUAUAAAUCUUUAUCAUAUUGUGGUUUAGAUAUCUUUUUAUUGAAACUGCAACAUAAAGAAAACUAAAGCAAUAUUAAGAAUUUCACUUUGUACAUUGAGUAUAUCACAAGAAUAUUUAUCAAAAAACAAAGAUGAUGUGACUUACCAUACGAAAGCGCUGGCAGGUCGAAAGACACACAAACAAACACAAACAUGCACACAAAAUUCAAGC